AUGUCCUUUCCACCCGGUCCACCGAUGGGGCUACCUCCGAUGGCCCCCGGUAUGAUGACUCAGGGCUACACGUUCACUCCAAUGGGUAUGGUACCUAUGGGAGUGAGCAUGAUCCCUCCUACUUCGGUUAUGAGACCGAUAAUUACGUCCAGUUCACCUGCCGCGGUGGCUGUAGCGGCAGCCACGGCCGCCUCUUCGGCUGCUGCCGCCGCCGCCGCCACCUCUUCAUCUACUAAUAGUAACAACACUAAUAUCAUCCUUCACACAGGCUCUUCUGCUAAUAAUUCGAACCAACGACAUUCCCACCACCAUCAUCACCAUCACAACAACCAUAAGAAACUCAUCCCCCAGGAGAUUCCAAAAACUGACUCCGGAAAAAAAGAAGAGAAACCGCCCGUGACCACGGUGUUUGUUGGGAAUAUAAGUGAGCGAGCACCAGACACGAUGAUACGCGAAAUGCUUCAACGUUGUGGCAAUAUUCUUAGCUGGAAAAGGGUACAAGGUGCAUCAGGCAAAUUACAAGCCUUUGGAUUUUGUGAAUAUGAGGAUCCAGAAUCCACACUGCGUUGUAUCCGCCUGUUAAAUGAAUGGGAGAUCAUUGACAGGAAACUGGUUGUUAAAGUAGAUGCAAAAACAAAAACUUUACUUGAUGAAUACAAAGCAAAAAAGAAAGAUGAUGUCCAGAAACCAAAACCUGAAACAGAAAAAGUUAAAGCUGAUGAAGAAGAAAACAAAGAUCAAGCCGAAGACAAAACAUCCAAUGAUGAGAAAGAGAAAAACGAGUCUGCCACACCUGUCUCUGAAUCCAGUAACAAUUUGGACCAGAUCACAGUCCGAGAGGAUCAAGUUACCAAAGCCGGUUUAGAAGCAAUUAUGAGAGAAUACGCAGAUGAGUUGUCAAAGGAACCUCCUGUUGACCAGGAAAAAGAGGCAAAACAAAGCCAGAAAAAAGUUAAAGAAGAAAAAGUUCAAGCUGACAAGGGACUUGAUGACAUGGAAUUAGAAGAAGAGAAAAAAGAAAUAAUCAAUCGAGAAAUAAAAAGCUUUCGAGAUCUGCACAAAGAGGAUGAGAGUAAUGAAAAAAGCCGGAACCGAGAACGACGAAUGCACGAAGAACGUCUCAGGCGGGAGAAAUUAAGAAAAGGCAAAAUGUAUGAGAGAGAUCAUAGAGAACGCAGCUGGUCAAGAAGUGUUUCCCGUUCCAGAUCUCGCUCUCGAUCUCGGUCAAGAUCACGCCGGGAUCGAUCACGAGACAGCUCCAGGGAAAGAUCCCGCGACAGAUCCCGAGAACGGUCAAAAGACAGGGACAAGAGAACUCGAGACCGGGAUCUAGAAGAUGAAGAAGAAGCAUAUGAACGAAGGAAACUGGAAAAGAAACUUCGUGAAAAGGAAGCAGCAUAUCAAGAAAGACUGAGAAACUGGGAAGCACGUGAAAGGAAGAAAGGCAAAGAAUAUGAAAAAGAGAAAGAACGUGAAGACGAACGGAAAUCAGAGGAAGCCAAAGAAGCUCACAGGCUGAAAGAGUUUUUAGAAGACUAUGAUGACUUGAGGGAUGACCCCAAGUUCUACAGGGGGAGUGCCUUAACAAGACGCUUGAAAGAGCGAGAAAAAGAAAAAGAAGCUGAUGCUCGAGAUCGGCAAAGAGAAAAAGAAGAACUGGAAGAAAUUCGUCGUCGACUGAUGGAAGAGGGACAUGUGGAUCCAGACGGAGAGGUUGCUAAAAUAGAAAGAGAAAGGGAUGAACAUUUAAAACCGCGGCUGCAUUUACUGCCACCAUUACCUGAACCAAAAUCUAAACGGGACACAACACGCACCCCAAAGAGAGAAGCCAAAGGGGAUCAUCACCAUCAUCAUCAUCACCAUCACCAUCAUCAUCAUGACGAUGUUACCAACAAAUCUGGGUUAGCCCCUCGAAUGCAGGCAACUCUGAAACCAAUUGAAAUUGCCCCCAAAAUAAAUAAUUCUCAUACAAGUAGUUCCGCAUCUGAGAGUGAAGGUAAAGAAAAACUGUCAAUUGUUGCCGAUGAAUGUGGUAGAGAUGACAGUGGUGGAGAUGAUGACAAUGACGCUGCCAGUGCCAAUUUUAGUGGCACCAGCACACAACCAGUUUUUGGACCUGCCAUAAAAGAAGAGUCAUUUGCAAAGAUUGGCUUCAGUGCAAUGAGAUUACGAACUUCUGACAGCCCCAGCGACAGUGGCACCUCAAAACGUAAGAAAAUGACUGUUGGUGAUGUUUUCAGUCAGGAUGAUGAGGGUUCUGAGGCACCUCAGAAGAAACGCAAACUCGUUCCAUUGGAUUACGAUGAAGAAAAACCUGAAAAGAAAACAGCAACAUCAACAGAAGAGAAAAGGCAACAAAUUAAGCGCCUUAUUGAACGCAUUCCAACAGGCAAAGAUGAACUUUUUACCUAUCCCCUUGAUUGGAAUACUGUUGACCAAAUGUUGAUGGACAAACGUAUAAAACCUUGGAUCAACAAGAAAAUUGUUGAGUAUAUUGGUGAAGAGGAACCAACUUUGACUGAAUUUAUUUGUCAGAAAGUUGUUGGUCGAAGUUCCCCAUCAAGUAUUUUGGAUGAUGUUGCCAUGGUGUUGGAUGAAGAAGCUGAGGUAUUUGUUGUUAAAAUGUGGAGACUUUUAAUAUAUGAAACAGAGGCUAAGAAAGCCGGACUUGUGAAAUGA